AUGGAUCCGAGUGAAGUGGAGUUUCUUGGUGAAAAAGAAUUAGUUAGCAUUGUGCCGAAUUUUAGUUUUGACAUGAUUCAUUUGAUAUCAGGUUCAGUGGGCCCCUUUCGAGCUGGUUUACCUGUCAAAGUUCCGAUUUGGUUGGCAGUGAAUUUGAAACAACAACAAAAAUGUAGAAUUAUUAAUCAAGAAUGGAUGGAUGUUGAGAGUUUAAACGAUGCGAAAGAGGAAGAAAAAUUGUCAAAAUUAUUUACAAAAAUGCCUAGUAAUCAUUAUAUGGAUGAAGCACAGCUAUUACUAAGUGUUGCAAGCGAUGAUAUUACAGAUGCUGACACAAUAAGGACAGCAGUCAAGGAUAUAUGGGACAUAAGAAUGUCAAAGCUUCGUACAUCAAUAGAUGCAUUCCUCAAAAGUGAAGGUUUACAUGCAAAAUUAGAUCAUUUAACUGCCAUGGAAAUUAAUAGUGUGCGCCCAUUACUACCACAUGCUUUAGAUCAAAUGUUAAGGAUUCAAACUGCUGGCAGAAUAGCACAAAAUAAACCUUUAGAAAAAACUCAAUAA